GGAGUGUUUACCCCUCGCCCCAGACUUGCUGCUGUCGGGUUCACAGUGACGCAAAGUUAAAAGAUCCUUUCUCACUGGCACAGGAGGACCUGAAAAACCUGUACGAGGACAUUAAAAAGCAGCUACUGGUGUCCAAAGCGGAGCUGAAAUCACUGUGUGAUUAUUACUUCGACGGAAAGGGGAAAGCCUUUCGACCCAUGAUCGUGGUGUUAAUGGCUCGAGCCUGCAACAUUCACAGCAACAGAGAUGGGGAUCUGCUCCCGGCGCAGCGCUCCAUCGCCAUGAUCUCAGAGAUGAUCCACACGGCCAGCUUGGUGCACGAUGACGUCAUCGACGGUGCGGAUAUGAGGCGAGGGAAGACCACCAUUAAUGAAGUGUGGGGUGAGAGAAAGGCCAUCCUGGCUGGAGAUUUCAUUCUCUCUGCAGCGUCCACAGCACUGGCACGCAUCGGGAACACCGCCGUGGUGUCUGUGCUCUCUCAGGUCAUAGAGGAUCUGGUAAGAGGCGAGUUCAUGCAGCUGGGAUCCAAAGAAAACGAGAACGAGCGCUUCAAACACUACCUCGAGAAAACCUUCAAGAAGACGGCGAGUCUCAUAGCGAACAGCUGUAAAGCAGUGUCCAUCCUGGUGAGCUCUGACCCCGAGGUGCACGAGAUCGCCUAUCAGUACGGCCGAAACGUGGGCAUCGCCUUUCAGCUGGUGGACGACGUGCUAGACUUCACCUCGUGCGCUAAUCAGCUGGGGAAGCCGUCAGCCGCGGACCUCAGGCUGGGUCUGGCCACCGGACCCGUACUCUUCGCCUGCCAACAGUUUCCAGAGCUCCACUCCAUGAUCAUGAGACGCUUCGGUUCAGAUGGAGAUGUCGAUCGGGCCUGGAGAUACGUCCUGGAGAGUGAUGGUGUGGAGCAGACGAGCUUCCUCGCCCAGCGUUACUGCCACGAGGCCACGCGCCAGAUCAGCCGUCUGCAGCCGUCCCCUGAGCGGGACGCUCUGAUCCGUCUCACUGAGCUCGUCCUCAGCCGGGACAAGUGAACCCACGUCCUCCAGAGCUUUGCUACAGGCAGCUACACACCUCUACCGUCACCUAAAAACACACACACACACACACAGCAGGGCGUCUGGUCUGGUCUUAUCACACUCCAACUCGGACACCCACAGCAGCGUGAAGACGUGUGGCAGUCUGGGACUGGAACAGAAACCCUGCACCUUAAAUAAAAAAAAAAGCUCCCGCGGUAACGCUAACCGCAAACAGAGGACGAGCGUGUUCAGCGCUAGCGUGGGUGAAGGAUGUACUUCUGUACACGGAGGAGGAGGAGGCUUUUCAAUAUUGUAUUUACAUUGUCACUGUACUGUACGUGUCCUCUUCUACAGAAGCAGGGCAUUAUGGGAUAGGAGGGCGCUUCAGGAGGCUUUAACAUGUUCUUACAGACGCCUCAUGAAAAUCCGUCCGUCCCACAAAAAGGCCAAAUGAUGACGUGUGUAACUGAUCGAAGUGUCAUUCUGUUAUUUAUCAUGUUCAGUAACAGACCCGGCCUUAAAUCAACCAUGACGACUCUGUGAUAUUAAACAUGAUAUUUUUUUAAGUUAAA